AUGUUAUUGUCUAGAACUAUAAAUCGAUCUGGAUAUAUAUGGAACCAAACUUGGACCUACUUGGCAGAUGGUAUUCUACAUAAAUAUAGACAGAUUGCAAAUAACCAAGACUUGAUUAUGCAAGACAAUAAAUUACAAAACUUGACUUUGAUUGAGAUUGAAACAUUACUACAAGCUAACAGCAGGAGUUUAGCAGACUUCAAACCAAUUCGGUAUCCUGAUGGAUAUGUUCUUCAACAACUUGGUAACAUACUUUUCUACGAAGAGAGAAGUUACAACAUUAAGGUCAUGAAAACUGAGUUCAUUGGUUUGUUCAAUGCACUUACAGAUGAACAACGAACUAUUUAUGAAAAAAUUAUGCUGGCUGUUACAAAUCAGAAAUGA